UUUCGUUAUCAUUAUAGCAUAUGGCCAUAUGCACCGAAGUGACUUGCAUAUUUUAGAAGUCCUCUUUAUUAGAACUUAGUUUCCAUUAUUUGUUUUUAUUUUUCAUUUUCUCCUUUCUUUGUUCUUUCUAUCGUGUUCCCGAACUAAACCAGCGUCAUGUUACUCUCGGUGCCACCGUCGUGGUUGCAGGCAGUUUUCAAAUCUCGCCGCUAAGUCCACCAUUCACCAUAUCCGUUUCAUCUCACGUAUUUUCCGCUACUCAGUGCGCACCAUCCCCAAUCUAUCUCUGGUUCGUACACGUUUGUUGACUUCAACAUUGACACUAUCGAAAUGGAGAAAAACGAAGAAACUCCUCUCUUCUGGUUCGAAACUUCCAACUCCGUCUGUAGCCGCCACCAAUUUCAACCCGACGGUCAACUUUCAGUAAUUCUUGUUGAUGAUUCUAGACCCUUAUAUCAAAAGGUUGCUGGAUCUUUCAUGAACAAGUUUUUCCCCUCUGGUUAUCCAUACAGUGUAAAUGAAGGCUAUCUCAGGUACACACAGUUUCGAGCAGUGCAACAUGUUACUAGUGCUGCAAUGUCAGUGCUAUCAACUCAGUCACUGUUAAUUGCUGCAGGGUUGCGGCCGACUCCUGCUCAGGCAACUGCGGUUAGCUGGAUUUUAAAGGACGGAAUGCAACAUGUAGGGAAGAUAAUAUGUAGUAAUUGGGGCGCAAGAAUGGAUUCCGAGCCUAAACGAUGGAGGUUGCUGGCUGACGUGCUUUAUGAUUUGGGCAUGGGCUUGGAAGUGCUUUCUCCAUUAUGCCCACAUCUUUUUCUUGAAAUGGCAGGCCUAGGAAAUUUUGCCAAGGGGAUGGCUGUUGUUGCAGCCAGAGCAACACGAUUGCCUAUAUAUUCCUCGUUUGCUAAAGAGGGAAAUCUCAGUGACCUAUUCGCUAAAGGGGAGGCUUUUUCAACUCUCUGUAAUGUUGUGGGAAUUGGAAUUGGAAUUCGAUUAGCUUCUACUAUCUGUGCAUCAAUGCAGGGAAAGUUGGUCAUUUGUCCUCUCCUUUCAGCUAUACAUAUAUACUCAGUGUCUGAAGAGAUGAAAGCUACUCCUAUCAAUACUUUGAAUCCACAAAGAACUGCAAUGAUAGUGACUGAUUUUCUCAAGGCAGGAAUUGUAUCAAGCCCUGCUGACCUAAGAUAUAAGGAAAAUCUACUUUUUCCUGUGAGACUCGAAGAUGCUGGGAAUGUAAGAGUUGGAAAAUCUUUACAUGAAGUUAUUAAGCCAUCGAAGCUUGUUGAAUUAAAACAAGUAUUCCCUAAGGAGAAGUUUCUUUUAAAUCGUGGGGGUAAAUGCAUUGACAUGGUAUUGAAACAAGAUGCUAGUGGUGAAGAUGCAUUGAGAGGCUGGCUAGUUGCUGCAUUUGCUGCACAAACUGAGAGUUCUUCCCAUGAGCUUAGUGCUAGUGUUCUGCAAGACGCCUAUGACAAAAUGAAUGGAGUCUUUCCUGUAUUUUUAAAAGAAUUACAGAGGAAAGGAUGGCACACUGAUCGGUUUCUGGAUGGAACCGGUAGCCGCUUCGCAUUCUAGUGUUUUUAUGAAAAUCCCGUUUGGUUUCAGUAAAGAUUUUACUCAUUUGAGAGAUUUUGAUGUACUCUUGGUGGAGUAAAUUGAAUGGUUCAUAAUAAAUUAUUAACUGUACAUUUGACCAUUAUUAAGAAUAGUGUUUAGAUGUACUGUUUUUUUUUCUUCAUGAGUAUGUAAAGAUUAAGAAUAACUCUCUUCCGCAUUAAUUGAUAUAAAAUUUCACA